AUUCAUUACACUUUCAGAAACAUGCAGAUCUUUGUGAAAACCUUAACUGGGAAAACCAUUACUCUUGAGGUGGAGCCAUCAGAUACAAUUGAAAAUGUCAAGGCCAAAAUUCAGGACAAAGAAGGAAUCCCCCCAGACCAGCAGAGAUUGAUCUUCGCUGGAAAACAGCUGGAAGAUGGUCGCACACUGUCCGACUACAAUAUUCAGAAAGAGUCGACUCUUCACUUGGUUCUGCGUCUUAGAGGAGGUAUGCAAAUCUUUGUCAAGACCCUCACUGGGAAAACCAUCACUCUAGAGGUUGAACCAUCAGACACUAUUGAAAAUGUCAAGGCCAAAAUUCAGGACAAAGAAGGAAUCCCCCCAGACCAGCAGAGAUUGAUCUUUGCUGGAAAACAGCUGGAAGAUGGUCGCACACUGUCCGACUACAAUAUUCAGAAAGAGUCGACUCUUCACUUGGUACUACGUCUUAGAGGAGGUAUGCAAAUCUUUGUCAAGACCCUCACAGGAAAAACCAUCACAUUGGAGGUAGAACCAUCAGACACUAUUGAAAAUGUCAAGGCCAAAAUUCAGGACAAAGAAGGAAUCCCCCCAGACCAGCAGAGAUUGAUCUUUGCUGGAAAACAGCUGGAAGAUGGUCGCACACUGUCCGACUACAAUAUUCAGAAAGAGUCGACUCUUCACUUGGUACUACGUCUUAGAGGAGGUAUGCAAAUCUUUGUCAAGACCCUCACAGGAAAAACCAUCACAUUGGAGGUAGAACCAUCAGACACUAUUGAAAAUGUCAAGGCCAAAAUUCAGGAUAAAGAAGGAAUCCCCCCAGACCAGCAGAGAUUGAUCUUUGCUGGAAAACAGCUGGAAGAUGGCCGCACACUGUCCGACUACAAUAUUCAGAAAGAGUCGACUCUUCACUUGGUUCUGCGUCUUAGAGGAGGUAUGCAAAUCUUUGUCAAGACCCUCACAGGAAAAACCAUCACAUUGGAGGUAGAACCAUCAGACACUAUUGAAAAUGUCAAGGCCAAAAUUCAGGACAAAGAAGGAAUCCCCCCAGACCAGCAGAGAUUGAUCUUCGCUGGAAAACAGCUGGAAGAUGGUCGCACACUGUCCGACUACAAUAUUCAGAAAGAGUCGACUCUUCACUUGGUUCUGCGUCUUAGAGGAGGUAUGCAAAUCUUUGUCAAGACCCUCACAGGAAAAACCAUCACAUUGGAGGUAGAACCAUCAGACACUAUUGAAAAUGUCAAGGCCAAAAUUCAGGACAAAGAAGGAAUCCCCCCAGACCAGCAGAGAUUGAUCUUUGCUGGAAAACAGCUGGAAGAUGGUCGCACACUGUCCGACUACAAUAUUCAGAAAGAGUCGACUCUACACUUGGUACUACGUCUUAGAGGAGGUAUGCAAAUCUUUGUCAAGACCCUCACAGGAAAAACCAUCACAUUGGAGGUAGAACCAUCAGACACUAUUGAAAAUGUCAAGGCCAAAAUUCAGGACAAAGAAGGAAUCCCCCCAGACCAGCAGAGAUUGAUCUUCGCCGGAAAACAGCUGGAAGAUGGCCGCACACUGUCCGACUACAAUAUUCAGAAAGAGUCGACUCUUCACUUGGUACUACGUCUUAGAGGAGGUAUGCAAAUCUUUGUCAAGACCCUCACAGGAAAAACCAUCACAUUGGAGGUAGAACCAUCAGACACUAUUGAAAAUGUCAAGGCCAAAAUUCAGGACAAAGAAGGAAUCCCCCCAGACCAGCAGAGAUUGAUCUUCGCUGGAAAACAGCUGGAAGAUGGCCGCACACUGUCCGACUACAAUAUUCAGAAAGAGUCGACUCUUCACUUGGUACUACGUCUUAGAGGAGGUAUGCAAAUCUUUGUCAAGACCCUCACAGGAAAAACCAUCACAUUGGAGGUAGAACCAUCAGACACUAUUGAAAAUGUCAAGGCCAAAAUUCAGGAUAAAGAAGGAAUCCCCCCAGACCAGCAGAGAUUGAUCUUCGCUGGAAAACAGCUGGAAGAUGGUCGCACACUGUCCGACUACAAUAUUCAGAAAGAGUCCACUCUUCACCUGGUUUUGCGUUUGAGAGGUGGAUUUUGAACUUUGAGUAUUUAAACGUAAAAUUAUUGUUGUAUUUUGCGGAACAUUUUAAGAAAAAAGAUUGAGAAGAUUGAGAACUAUUUUUACCAAUAUUUAAUGCAGUCUCAAAAUUUUUACAGGUAUUAAAAUUUUUCAACAUAAA